CAGUUCAGACGCUCAGAGAGCGACGGAGGAAGAGACAGGCAGAUAGACAGACAGACAGACAGAGCCGGAGAGGACACAACAGAAGACACGCACAGGUUUAAUCUCACCACCAUGACCCUGCGGGACGAGCUUUUAAAGUCCAUAUGGCAUGCGUUUACAGCCCUGGAUGUGGACAAGAGCGGGAAAGUCUCCAAAUCUCAGCUGAAGGUGCUGUCCCACAACUUAUGCACAGUGAUGAGGAUUCCACAUGACCCCGUGGCGCUGGAGGAGCACUUUAAAGACGAUGAUGAGGGUCCUGUCUCCAACCAGGGAUACAUGCCAUACCUGAACAAGUUCAUCCUGGAUAAGGUGACGGAUAACUUUGACCGUCAGGACUUCAACAAAAUAUGCUGGACGCUGUGCUCCAGGAAAAACCUGGAACAAAACCAGCUGCUCAUCUCCAACGAUGACGCCUUCAAGAUCUGGUGCAUCUUCAACUUCCUGUCUGAGGACAGAUACCCGCUGAUCAUCGUCACCGAGGAGAUCGAGUACUUCCUGCGUAAACUGACGGAGGCGAUGGGGGGCAGCUGGGUGGAGGAGCGUUUCGAAGACUACAAGCUGCAGCUGGACACGAAGCAGCAGUGUCUGAACGCCUGGGAGCUCAUCAGCUUGGUGGGCUCGGGUCACUUCAGCAAGGGCAUGGACCGGCAGACGCUCUCGAUGGGCAUUAACGAGGUCUACCAGGAGCUCAUCCUGGACGUGCUCAAACAGGGCUAUAUGAUGAAGAAAGGUCACAAGAGGAAGAACUGGACGGAGCGCUGGUUCAUGCUGAAGCCGAACUCCAUCUCCUACUACGUCGGCGAGGACCUGGCCGAAAAGAAAGGAAACAUCAUACUGGAUGGAAACUGCGUCAUGGAGCCUUUGCAAGAUAAAGAGGGAAAGAAGUGCCUCUUCCUCAUCAAGUCGUCCCACAAAAGCUUUGAAAUCAGUGCGUCGGACAAGAAGAAGAAGCAGGAGUGGAUCCAGGCCAUUCAGACCUGUGUGAAUCUGCUGCGUCAGGGCCGGCCGGCGCCGCAUCGCGAGGCUCGGCAGAAGCGACGGGAGCUGCGACUGAAGCAGCAGGCCGAGCAGGAGGAGCUGGAGCUGAGGAUGAGGGAGCUGCAGACGGCCAACGAAGCCAAACAGCUGGAGCUGGAGAAGAUGAGGAAGGCUCUGGAAGAGGCAGCGGCUAACGCAGCAGAAGAAGAACGAAGGCGUCUUCUGACCCAAACUGAACUCCAGGACCGCUACAGGAUGGACAUGGAGAGAGAGAAAAUGGUACGGCAGCAGAUGGAGGAGCAGGUGGCCCAGAAGUCCACUGAGCUGGAGCAGUACCUGCAGCGGGUCCGCGAAUUGGAGGACAUGUACCGUCAACUGGAGGACGCUCUGGAGGACGAGAGGCGCGCCAGACAGGACGAGGAGGCCGUCCGUAAACUGCAGGCACGGUUACUGGAGGAGGAGGCCAUGAAGAGGUCAGAGUUGGAGCAGAUCCAUCUGCGGCAGCAGAGAGCCAUCGCAGAGACGGAGGCUGAGAAACAGGAGCUGGAGAGGGAACGUCUAGCCAAAGAGAAUGCCCUGCAGGCUGCGAUGAAACAACUGGAACAUCUGGAGCACGAGAGGCAGGGGGCCCUGGAGCACUACCAGACGGUGAUAAAGAAACUGGAGGACGCAACCAACAACACAAAGACCUGGAAGCACAAGGUGGCUGAACAUGAAGGCUUGUUACGACUCAUUCAACCAGGUUCCAAGGGACAGAAGCUGAUCACCAACUGGGGCCCGGCCGCCUUCUCUGAAGCAGAGCUCAGUCUGAGGGAGAAGAAAUGGCAGGAGAUGAAGAACCAGGCAGCUCAGUAGAGCUGCUGUAAGACCUGAACCUUAAACACGUCUACAAGUCGGAAGAGAAGACAGGAGAGGGCUGCUGGGAGAUAGUGUCUUUGAUAAGACAUAUCUAAGUAGUCACUGGAAGGAGGUCUCUCAUAACUGGACUUUCAGUUAAAAUAAAGCAUUUUUAUGUUUAGGGGGGCAUAAUCAAUUACGUUUAUCCCUUUUAUGAGUCUUUAGACUUGCACAGUAGGAAUCAGCACUGAUAGAAGUGGUAUACUUUUAAACAAGUCUCUGUUAUAGUAGAGCACCAUAGAUUAAAGGAGCAGUCACAUAUUCACAUUAUGAGGAUUAUGUUUACUAAUUUCAGAAGGGAUCCCACAGCAAUACUACAUGAAGAAGUGAUAACUCAGAAUACAAUUAGGUGUAAAGGCAUUCGGUAGUUAAUAUUAGUGUUUAACCCUAACAGUUACCACAGAUACAGUAUAUCACAGUAAUUAAAGAGCAGGAAAAUAACUUUAAAUGGUGCCUUGGCCUGUCUUAACUUUUAGCCUUUGCCGUCUUAAAGGACCCACGGCCAGGUGGUUAUUGAAGCUACCAGUCCCUUUUCGUCAGUUGUUAGUAAUUCAGUGUAUUAACAGUGGGCCAAGCUGAUGACCAUGGUUAACAAUACACUCAAAUAUAAAUCUAUUGAUUUUUAAUACAUGCAGCUUACUCAAUGUCGUGACUGGAAAGGAGUGUACACACAACUACCUUUUUAUUUUCUUCCGUUUAGUCCUGACUGUCUGUUUGUAUCUGUGACAUGCACUACUUGUGACCAGAGUCUGACCUGUCCAGUGCCAAUUUCUUGAGAGCGUUUUAGGUUCACGCUGUUGUAAAGUUAAGAUCUGGUCAACUGCAUCUAUCCUUUUGUAAAAUCUUUGAAAAAGUAUGAGCUAUCGAAAAGUACAAACUACUCCCUCUUAAGUCUUUGGGACCAUUUUUACAUGGAAUAUAAGGGUUUUUUUGUAAAUAUUUUAGCAGCGGUUUUCUGUUUUCUUACUAAACUUUAGCUGCAUGAAGGCAGCAUCCAUAGCACCAGAGGAUGACAUCUCUUAUGUAAAGUCAAUGAUGUUUAACAAAGUUGAAAAUUGAAAUAUCAUGUACGAUUCACUAAAUCGUUUAGUGUCAUCAUCAAAGUGCUUUUCUCUGUCUAACUAACUGGCUCUUAAACAUUUCCUGCUUGUAAACACUGUGUCUGAAAUGGGGCAUUUUGCCAGGGCCUCACUCUGAACAACAAUGCUAACUGCCCAACAUUUGUAUUGUGUGGUUGUACUGUAACCUGUCCUUGAGUGAACAUUGUGAUUUCUAUUUUAUGUUUUUUUUUUUUUUUUUUUUUUUAUAAAUAUGUAAAAAGGUGAAGACUGAACUACGUAAUAAAAC